AAAUGAUAAAAAUAUUUUACGAACAUAAAAUAGCUUCAUAACAUUACGAAAAUAAGAGAACAGUCGAUUUUUUUUCCGUUCGUAUACUACCUAUAUUGACAAAAUGGCCAAUUGGAAUUCCUUAUUACCAUCUCAAUUCAAGCCAUCCGGUUUUAUUUCGGCUCUUCGAGUAUUCUUAGGUGGACGAAAUUUCAAGCCAAAUAUAAGAAUGGUUGAUGAAGUAUCAUCAGCCACUCAACCUCCACCUGAUGUUCCGGGAGGACCUAAUCAUACAGUUUUUAAUAACUAUUACUAUGCACGUGACAGCCGCAGAGAAGUUACACAACCAGUUCUUGUUUUUGAAAAUAAUUCAAAACUUAUUGAAAAUUCAAAGAAACCAGAUGUUGAACCAUCAAAAGCACCUCUUCCAGGAAAAGUUUUCCACUGGGAUUAAAGUUGUAUUUAUAUAAAGUAGUGGAAAUGUAUCGAAUUAUAUUAUAUGAUUAAUAGAUUUAAAUAAACAAAUGACAUAUUUCUAA